GUGAUUUUGAAAUGAUGGCAUGAAAAGGAAUCUGAGCUUUAUAACAACACAAUUUAAAAUCCAGCGUUUACUUUAAUCCUCUUGAUUCUGUGAUGCUGCUGUGAUGUUGAGGAUGAAUGUAAGAUGUCUUGAUGUAGAUGGUAAAGUUAGAGUCUAACUUCUAGCAUCAUCACAUUUUUUCCUCUGUCUGCUUUAUUGGCUGUAUACAGAGUCGGUUUCUCCCUCCCAAUGAGAAUACAUUAACCAUCUCUUCUAGUACACCGGUUAAACCCAGACAAACCCUCGGCAGUGACGGACGACUGAAGCUCAGCUUUGGUUGGAGAAGUUUCAUAGGACAAUGAGUAACAUGAUAAGAGAGAUCCUGGCGUUCGUCCUCACCACAUCGGGCUGGGUCCUGGUAUCUUCUACUUUACCUACAGACUACUGGAAGGUUUCUUCAAUCGAUGGUACAGUUAUCACCACAGCCACGUUCUGGUCUAACCUGUGGAAAACAUGCGUCACUGAUUCCACUGGAGUUUCCAACUGCAAAGACUUUCCUUCGAUGCUCGCUCUAGAUGGUUAUAUCCAGGUGUGCCGAGGAUUAAUGAUAGCUUCUGUUUGUCUUGGAUUUUUUGGAUCUAUAUUUGCUCUGAUUGGCAUGAAAUGCACUAAAAUCGGAGGACUUGAUCAAACUAAAGCCAGAAUUGUUUGCUUUGCUGGUCUCAACUUUGUUGUUACUGGACUGUGCUCUCUGAGCGCCUGCUCUCUCUACGCUCACAGAAUUACAUCCGAGUUUUUCGACCCGAUGUUUGUCGCACAAAAGUAUGAAUUGGGAGCAGCAUUGUUCAUUGGCUGGGCAGGAUCUUGUCUGUGUAUUUUAGGAGGACUGAUUUUCUGCCUGUCAUUGUCUGAAGGGAUGGACAAAAGUUCUUCCCAUCAUUCAGACAGAAAAGUUUUUAUCAGGAAUGGAGCUUCUGUAAGAUCUUCUCAUGGUGUUACACAGAGUCAAUCAUCACACAACAGACGACUUCCACCAGAAUACAGCAACACUUCAAAACAAUUUGACAAAAAUAUUUAUGUAUAACCAACACUGCUGACUUCAACUACUCACAGCUGACGCUGGGACAAAUCUUACUUUAUAUGUUGUGAAUCACAUGUAAAUCAUGUGCCUUUAAUUGAAGGUUUUGG